AUUCAGGUAAAACUAGAAUCAUACAGAUAUCAAACCAGAAAACGUCCUUCUUGAUGAUAAAUUUGAACCAAAGAUUACAGAUUUUGGACUUGCCCUUUUUAAAGGAUGCUGCUACUCACAUCUCCAAAUCAGCAGUUAUGGGAACCCAAGUUUAUGCAGAUCCAAUGACAACAUUAUUAGGAAAUCAUUCUGAUAAAUCAGAUAUCUAUUUUUUUGGUGUUAUAUUUUUGGAAUUGAUUACCGGAAGAAAACCCAUGAAUGAAGACGGUGAUAUUAUUACUUGGGCAAAACGUCAAACUAAAAGUGCUUUGGAUGGAAAAUAUGUAGCUUUUGUAGAUUGGAGAUUGCAAACGUUUGAUUGCGUAGAACUGCAUCAAAUGAUUUUUUGUGCUGAAACUUGUGUAUAGAGACCUCCAGCAUCUCGUCCAUCAAUGAGAAGGAUACUUCUAGCUCUUGAAGGAAUUUUGCCUUUAGAGAAUUUAUGCGAUCAGGAGAAUGACAACAAUGUCAACGGAUUGUCACAGAGUAUUAGAGUAUGGAACUCAAGGAAUGGCAACUCAAAUCGAAUGUCAGUUCAACCAUUUAGGUCUCCUGUGGAAAGUAAGGAAAUUAUUCGUUCUCAAUACUCAAUCAAACACCCUCCACAUCAUAGUCCAGACAGGGUUGAGUCCGAAUUUGAUCUAGAUCUUGAAGACAUUAUGGUUAUGGAGGCUAUUUGGCUUUCUAUUCAGGCCCACCGUCAGGAACUCAUCGUCCAUCGUCCCCAUCGUCCUCGGUUUCCAUGGUGAGCUUGAACCUCGCUCUAUUGUCAUUGCCGUCCUUGGUCCCAAAGAGCUAGAGACUCAUCGUUCAAUCGUUACCUUUGCCGAUUUCUACUUAAAUUCACUGUAGCUUCAACCUUCUAGGUUUUUUCUGCUGAGAUGUAAAAAUUUUAGAAUUUUGUUUAUUUAUUUUUUUAAAUUUGCAUAUUUAUUGUUUGAUUUUGUAAUUUGAUGUUCAUUUGUGGGGUAAAAUAUUGGAGGGAAAGUUGUUUUAUGAAUAAUAAAAUCACAAUUUUGCUCAUAAA